AUGCUUGGAAUAUGUGAAAAGCUGAGAAGUGGAAUGAAGAUGCUGCGCAACAGACUGUUUGCAAGGAACUUCAGGGUGGUGAUUCUUGGAUCUGAGCAGAGUGGCAAGUCUACGAUUGUGUCAAAGGUGUUUGGACAAUGGCCGAAAAGCUUUAGGAAGCAGAAAGAUGUGGAUGUAUAUGAGUUCCGAGAGGGUGGUAUAAAUUAUACUGUGUAUGAUGUGAGUGGUAAGAGACCGUUGAAGGCAAGGUGGGACUGCUUGUAUAGAAGAAGCGAUGUUAUGUUGUACUGUAUUGACUCGAAUGGUUCUGUAGAUGAUCUUGAGAGAAGCAAGGAGGAUCUGCUUUCUAUGCUAUAUAGAAACAUAUGGACAAGGAGGAAUAUGCUUGUUCUUGGAACCAAGAGCGAGGUUGAUAGAGCGAUCGGAAGCAAGGAGAUGAUUCUUGCAAUGGAUUUGCUGUCGAUUGCAGACAGAGAGAUUUCAUGUUUUUCUGUGUCUACUGAAAAUGAUAUGAACAUUGGGAUGGUGAAGAUGUGGUUGAAGGAGCAGUAUGAUGUAGCGAUGGUAGAUUGA